GGAAGCAGAUAAACAUAAUUACGUACUUUUUAGGCUGAUAAAUACAGACCUAUAGGUCCUGAAGUUGUAAAUCGUUUCGGAGGAGAUGCCGAAGAAAAAAUAAGCAUUAGCAAAAUUGCAAUUCCCAAUUUGGGAAACAUCCUAGAUUUGCCAAGAGACCAAAACUUCUCGUUGUUUAUUCCAAAACAUCGGGACAUUGCUGGAAAACUAAUCAACAUCUAUUUAGGAAUGAGGAAUGUCGAAGAACUUCUAUCAGUGGCGGUUUAUACAAGAGAUCGCGCCAAUCCCUAUCUGUUUAAUUACGCGUUAUCUGUUGCUCUCUUACACAGACCUGAUACUCAAGAAUUGGACAUACCAUCCUUUAUUUUUUCAUUCCCAGACAAGUAUGUUGAUAGCAAGGUUUUUAAUCGAGCUAGGGAAGAAGCCACUGUCGUACCGGAAGGAUCGAAGACCCCAAUUGAAAUACCAGUGGACUACACUGCCUCAAACUUGGAGGAAGAGCACCGUUUAGCCUAUUUUAGGGAAGACAUCGGCAUAAACCUCCAUCAUUGGCACUGGCAUUUGGUGUACCCUUUCGAGGCUGCCCCCGUUGUAGUGGACAAAAACCGGAGAGGAGAACUCUUCUACUACAUGCACCAGCAAAUCGUUGCAAGGUACAACUUUGAACGUCUCUGCAAUAAUUUGAAACGCGUCGAAAGAUACAUCGACUGGCAUGCACCGAUCAAAGAGGCCUAUUUUCCAAAAUUGGACAGUUUGGUUGCCAGCAGGGCUUAUCCGGCUCGUGUGGCUGAUCAAAAGAUUAGCAACUUAAGAAGAAAUGUAGAUCAGAUUACUGUUGAUGUCGAUGAUAUGAUCAGAUGGAGAGAUAGGAUUUUUGAAGCUAUACAUUCAGGUUUUGUUAGAACUGACAAAGGCGAAACAAUUCAACUAACAGAGUUUGAAGGUAUCGAUAUUCUGGGAAAUAUGAUUGAAUCAAGUACCUUAUCACCCAACAGAGGAUUUUAUGGGGAUAUUCAUAAUAUGGGUCAUGUUUUCCUAUCCUUUAUACAUGAUCCUGAUGCAAGGCAUCUUGAAUCAUUUGGAGUAAUAGGAGAUUCAGCCACUGCCAUGCGAGAUCCAAUUUUUUACCGUUGGCAUGCUUAUAUCGAUGAUAUUUUCCAGCAAUUUAAAAAUACCUUGCCAUCAUAUGAAGAAAAUCAACUAAAUUAUCCUGGCGUGACAGUUUCCGAUAUAGAGCUGGAGACACCCAAUUCUCCCAAGAAUCAAAUUAACACAUUUUGGCAACAAUCCGACGUUGAUUUAUCAAGAGGUUUGGAUUUCCAACCCAGAGGUUCGGUGUUUGCCAGGUUUACACAUCUUCAACAUAAAAAUUUCGUUUACAGAAUCACUGUAAAUAACUCCAGUGCUGCUGCUAAGGAAGGCACUUGCAGAAUAUUUAUGGCUCCCAAGUACGAUGAAAGGAACAAUCCAUGGAACUUUAGGGAGCAGAAAAAUAUGUUUAUUGAGUUGGAUAAAUUUAAAGUUAAUUUGAGGCAAGGAACGAACACUAUAAUGCGAAAUUCAACCGACUCUUCUGUUACGAUUCCCUUCGAUAGAACUUUUCGUGACCUAGAUGCAAGAAGACCCCAAGGAGGAGAUGCUUUAGCCCAGUUUAACUUCUGUGGUUGUGGUUGGCCCCAGCAUAUGCUUAUCCCCAAAGGUGCUCCUGAAGGUUACCCUUGUCAAUUAUUUGUGAUGAUUUCAGACUAUGCUGGAGAUCGAAUUAAUCAAUCUAUAGAAGGUAUUUGCAACGAUGCAGACAGUUACUGCGGUAUAAAGGACAAACUUUAUCCUGACCGUCGCUCGAUGGGAUAUCCUUUUGACAGGUUGCCUAGACGCAGAGUGGAUACGCUGCAGCAAUUCCUAACAAGCAAUAUGCGCGUACAGGACAUCAGCGUUCGAUUCGAAAACCGCACUUUCAGACCAAGAGAAGUUGGCAGGAAUUAGGACGCCGCCGUUGCAGGAUUCGUUGAAAGGAUACUGACCUGGCUCACCAAGGAUUUACGAUGUUUUGAUGUGUUUUAUUAUUGUCACAUUAUUUUACUUAAG